AUGGAGACAAAAGUUGCAGAGCAGGCAGUGGAGGAGCAAGGCAGCAGGGUCGACGAGCAACAGGGGAAGAAGAAGAUGAGGCUGAUGGUGGCCGUAGACGAGAGUGAGUGGAGCUUCUACGCGCUCAAGUGGGCGCUUGGCCAUCUUUUUGUGGGGCCCAAUGACAAGGCCGGUGUGGCGGCGACCCUGGAAGCACCUGAGGGGAGCCAAGAGAAUGCGAGCAUGGUGACUUUGGUUCACGUUAUGCCGCCGUUAUAUAACUACGUCCUCCCUGCUGGGCCCGGUGGAGCUGCGUAUUAUGUGACGCCGGCUGUGGUGGAAUCUGUGCGCAAGGCGCAAGAAGACGGUGCUGCCGAUGUUCUCUCCCGCGCUUUGGAGAUAUGCAAGGAUAAGAUGAUCAAAGCAGAAACCCUAAUUCUACGUGGAGAUCCGAAGGACAUGAUCUGCGAAGCCACAGAACAGAGGCAUGUGGAUCUUCUGGUUGUAGGUAGCCGUGGCCUUGGCAUGAUCAAGAGAGCAUUCUUAGGAAGCGUGAGUGACUACUGCGCACAUCAUGCAAAAUGCCCAGUUGUAAUUGUGAAGCCACCAAAGGAGUCUGAAAAGAAUAAGUAG